AUGCCAGAGCCUACGAAAGAACAAAUCCAAACCAUCUUUAGAAAACUCAAGCAAAACCGCUACAACAAGGCAUGCUUUGACUGCAACGCAAAGAAUCCCAACUGGGCUUCUGUUUCAUUUGGUGUUUACAUUUGUACCGAUUGCUCAUCUGCUCACCGCAACCUGGGUGUUCAUAUCAGUUUUGUUCGAUCCACUGUGCUCGAUUCUUGGAGCUGGGAACAACUUCGCAUGAUGAAGAUGGGUGGCAAUCAAGCUGCUUCAGAGUUCUUUUCAAAGAACGGUGGCAGCAUGAACACCAAUGAUGCUAGAAUGAAAUAUACUAGCAGAACCGGACAACAAUACAAGGAGCUGUUGGCCAAAAGAACUGCUGAAGAUGCUGCUGCCAAUCCAAGAACUGUGGUGAUUGAUAUUUACGAUGGCGCAGAUUCUGGCAUUGAGGAGCCUCCUGCUACACCUCUUCCGCCUAUUCAAGAGCCUCAACAGCAGCCAGAGCCCAUCAACAUCAUCAAAGAGGACAGCAUCAGCAUCACGCCUGUUGAAGAGGAUAAACCCGAAACACCUGUGGUUGAAGCAAAGGCACCUGUUGCCAAGGUAAUCACACCUACUGCGCGCGCAGCACGCUCUUCUGUUGGUGGCGCUCGUGGUCCUCGCAAGUCUGCAAAAUCAGGUAAACUUGGCAUCAAAAAGGCACCCGUCAACUUCAAUUUUGAGGCUGCUGAAGCUCAGGCAAAGCAAGAUUUGGAGCGCAACAUCAAAUACGGCCAGGACGAAGACGAAGAGACAGAGAAAAGCGACAACGACAUUUCCUCAUCACCAUAUACUGCUGAUGCUGCUACCAGUAAGCCACUCUCUUCUCGACUAGCCUAUAUGGACACCAACAGCAAAAACAAAGAAGAUGAAUACGAAAAGCUUGGAUUUGGCAUGAGUCGUAUGAACAUGGAUGAUAAAAAGAGCAGCAUCUCUAUGCCAUCUCAAAGAUCGUAUCAGCAACAAGAGGACGAUAGUCGAACCGCUCGAGACAAGUUUGGAUCUGCAAAGGCUAUUUCGUCUGAUCAGUACUUUGGCAGAAACGAAUACGACCCUGCUAUUUCUGCUGCUGAAUCCAGUCGAUUGUCUCAAUUCACCAGCGCCAAGGCUAUUUCGUCCGAUCAGUAUUUUGGCAGAGAGUCUGAUAUGGACGAUCAAAGAAGCAGAUCUUAUAGCAACAGCAAUGAUAUGGUGUCACUCGGUGAUUGGGAUAAUGUACAGGAUCAAGCCGUAGCUAUGGCAAGAAAGUUUGUUGAUCAAGCUGCGCUGGAUUUAGAUGCUGUCAAGGAUUUGGCUGAAAAUGCUACUAGUAAAGUCAGAAACUAUUUUAAUGCGUAA